UUAUCGUAGACAGACAGAAAUCAAAAAUCCCAAAAAUCCAGCAGCCAUUUUGAAGACCAAAAGUGUUCAAGCUCGGCUUAUUUUCAUUGUUACGGUAAAGACAAUUUUAGUAUAUACAAUCUGAAUUUAUAUUUUUUGGUGGAGGUGCUGUGAUUUAGGAUAGUGGUUUUGGUCCUUUAUUUCCUUGUGAUAGUGGUUCAUCGUACUGAGCUUUCAUGAUUGGAUUACCGCGUAGCGAUAGAGAUCGUAUAACGGUGAAAAUUCGUAACAUGAAGAGGAGUUCGUCCAGGGACAGUAUGCCGCGAUCGAAAAGAACGCGUAGUAGUAUCGGUCGGUAUGACGACAGCUCCGACGAGCGCGUCACGCCGGACCGGGUGCGCCGGCGGGUGCGCUCGCCCAGUCCUCGCGGGCGUUACGUGUCGCCUCACCGCGAGGACUACGUGCGCUCUCGCGAGGUGAGAGAAGAUUCCGUGCGACCUUAUUACAAAGUGUUGUGCGUCAGUGCCCUCCACCCCAAGGCCUCCGACGAUAUCAUCAAAGAUACCUUGUACCGUGAAUACAAAAAGUUCGGCGAUUUCAGCAUCAAGAUUUCCCACGAGUUGGACGAGCGCGUAGCGUACGUAUGUUUCCGUAGCGUGGAGGAUGCGAGGGAUGCAAAACACGCCAAGCCGAGGAUUAUUCUGUAUGAUAAAGUGGCUAUUGUCGAUCCCGUUUAUGAGCCGGUCAGAUCAGAGUACAGGAGCAGACCGAGGAGUAUAACCCCACCUGAUUAUGAACGCCCAUACUCUUAUGCGUGGUCUCCGGUUCCUGAAAGGCGCAGACCCCCACCUGACGAAAGAGCUUACGGUAUGCCUCCGACUGUUCCACCACACCAUCGAGAUUUUCGUCCUCCCAUGCAUGAUGGCUAUCCAAUGGCGGGACCCCACGGACCGCCGAUGCAUCACCGGCCACCCAUGCAUCAUCCCCCGCAUCCUCACUAUAUGCCUCGGCCUUACAUGCCACGUCCGCACCAUCCACCUUUUGAGAAAAUGGAGAACAAAAAGGAUAAGUUUCCCAAUUAUUUGCAUCAUGUUCAGCCUGAAGAUGAUCCUUUGGCUACACGAACACUUUUCGCAGGGAAUUUGGAAAUUAACAUAUCUGAUGAGGAAUUGCGCCGAAUUUUUGGGCGCUAUGGCAUAGUGGAAGAUAUUGAUAUUAAACGACCACCCCCAGGUACUGGAAAUGCUUUUGCAUUUGUACGUUAUCAAACUUUAGACAUGGCACAUCGUGCCAAGGUUGAGCUAUCUGGGCAAUAUAUCGGUAAAUUCCAGUGUAAAAUUGGAUAUGGUAAAGCUACUCCAACAACUCGUGUAUGGGUAGGUGGUCUGGGUCCAUGGACGUCAGUUGCACAACUGGAAAGAGAGUUUGAUAGGUUUGGUGCUAUAAAGAAAAUUGAAUAUGCCAAAGGAGAACCACAUGCUUAUAUUUUGUACGAUUCAAUAGAUGCAGCUCAAGCUGCUGUAAAGGAAAUGAGAGGAUUCCCCUUAGGAGGGCCUGAUAGACGGCUGCGCAUUGAUUUUGCUGAUGUCGGACCUGGAGGUCCAUUCAGGCCAAAAACAUUUGCUCCACCAGUGGGCGAAGAUGGGCGACCGGCGGAGGGAUACGAAGGCUACGAAGCUGGUACUUGGGAUGAAGGAUAUGGGUAUAGUGGUGGAUACCGGGGCCGAGGUGGGCACCGAGGCCGCGGUCGUGGAAUGUAUCGAGGUGUGUAUCACGGCACUGGCGACUAUCGCGACGAGGAGUGGAGGAGGCCGCCAGAAGCAGAGUACGACGGGCAAAUCCGUCGGUCAGGAUCACGUGAACCAGGAGUCGACAGGUCCCGAUCCAGGUCUCCGCGGCGCCGCUCCCCUGACAGUGAUUCUGAUGGUUCUCCCCGCAGAGGUGGUGGAAUGCUCAUAUCUGCUCGGACAUUGCCAGAAGUGGUUCGCAAAGCCACCACAAUAUGGAAUGGUGCACUAAUAUUGAAGAAUUCCCUGUUCCCCACAAAAUUCCAUCUAACAGAUGGCGACUCUGAGAUUAUUGACAGUUUGAUGAAAGAUGAGGAAGGAAAAAAUCAGUUGAGGAUCACUCAGAGACUCCGUUUGGAUCAGCCUAAACUGGAUGACGUACAGAAGCGCAUAGCGACAUCCAGUUCCCAUGCUAUUUUCUUAGGAGUGGCUGGCUCGACAGCCUCCAUCACAAACGAAGACAGCAGUAUUCAGACGAGACCUAUGAGAAAUUUAGUGUCCUAUUUAAAACAGAAGGAGGCAGCUGGAGUGAUAUCUUUGCUGAAUAAAGAGACUGAAGCCACUGGUGUGCUGUAUUCCUUCCCUCCAUGUGAAUUUUCCACAGAACUGCUGAAGAGGACUUGUCACAAUCUGACUGAUGAGAGCCUUAAGGAAGAUCACUUGGUCAUAGUAGUAGUGCGUGGAGGUUCCGCUUAGCUAUAUGAGACUAGUAAUAUAGACCAACUGUGUUAGCAUAAGAUUUUAUGAAAUUCAGAUGUUAGGUUUUUUGUUAUAUUUAACUAUUGUGACGUGUAGUGUUUUGUGAGGUGUAUGUAAACAUGUUCAUCUUUAGUUCUUGUGAAGAUUCACUAAUACUUCAUUGUGCGAGUGCUGUGUAUGCCUCAGUUGUAGUGUAAAGCAAUCAUUGUAUUGCAUUUAGGAAGUUAUUUAUAUUAGUUUUGCUAGAAUACAUGCAGAUAUUUACAAUGUGUACUUUAUGAUAAAAGUUUAGUGUAUACUUUGAUCAGUGUAAGUUAGGUGACGUGUAGUGUGUGUGAACACAAAUAGAAUAUUUUAUGUAUUCCA